AGUAUUAUAUAUCUUAUACUACUGACUGUACAUUAAAUAAAAAAAAUCUUUCGCACCAUCCAGUCCACAAUUAUACGACAGAAAUAUUUUAUUACUAUUAUGGCUAAACCUGUGGAUCUGGAAUUAAAAAAAGCUUUCAAUGAUUUGCAAAUCAAAAUGGUCGAAACAAGGAAGAAAAUUCAAUUUAUUGAUUCACAAAUAGAAGUGCUUAAACGGUGUAUGCAUCAUGCAGACAUUACUCAACGUGCCAUCAGUGGCUAUCCACCUGGAACAAAAACUUAUGAAUCAGUAGGUAGGAUGUUCCUUCUUACGGAUUUAGAAGAGGUUAAAAGUAAUCUUAAAACCCGAGAUACACAGUUAACAACACGUGCCAGUGAUUUUGAAAAAAACAAGCAGUAUUUAGAAAAGAACCUAAAAGAAAGCGAAGAUAACAUUAGAGAAAUGGUUCAACAAAGGAAAGAGCAAAGUGAAAAAACGAAUUAAAUAAUUCAUAAUACUUGUAAUGCUUCUUACACCAAGAUGGAUAAUGAUGAGAUAAUAAAUUCUGUUAAAUAAUAUUACUUUAUUAAUGUUUCUAACUUAUAGCAAUAAUAUAGACGUUAAUUCGGCAUUACAUCAGUAUUAGUAUUUAUUAUGAUGUUUACUAUAUACUUUAAUUGUUAAAACAUACUGGUAAUGCUGUUAAUUAUGCCCAUAUUAUUUAAACUAUAAGCUAUACCACACCACUGAUUAUAUUGAGGCACAGAGACAGUGAACAUACAGAAAAAAAUAGGAUUGAACUGAAAAGAAUCAUACAAUUAAGAACUUACAUACAAUUAUAUAUUGUUAACACUAUUAUUAUGGGCAAUAUUGAGUGAUGCUGUGUAGUUUAUAGUAAUUGUUAUAAGAAUACAUAUAGAAUGGUUUGUUAUGGUUAAUACCCAUUACAAAAUGUAGUUUGUUAACUAAUCUCUGAAAUAUUCCACUGAAUCUACUAAAUUGUGUAUAUUAUACAAAAUAAAUUUCAUUAAUAUUUAAUUACUAUUGCUCUAUAUUAUUUUACUAUCAUUAUUUUGUAAUUUAUGUAUGUCUAUUUUUCCUAUUUUAAAAUAUCUUGACAAAACCAAUAUCACAAAAAAGUUGCAAUCAGCUUUUAUUUCUGACCAAUUUUGUGGAAACACUAGUAACGAUCUACCAAAAUAAUCUAGGGCACACUAUUUAUUUUCUUGGAAUCUAUAAGGGAUGAUCCAUAAAAAAUAUCAAACAAAUUUCAUUUGACCCCUCCCACAUCGCUGUUGCAUUUAGAGAAAUCCUGGAAAUCACAGCAUUUAAUUCCUAAGCAACCUUCACUCUGUCAGUCAAAAUAUAAUAUAAUUAAUAAUAACUAGGUAAGGAAUAUUAAUCUACAAAGAUGGUAUCCUUUUUAGAACUUAAUAGUUUACCUUUUAAUAUUAAUCCUAUCCUUGUGUAAAUGUUCAUAAGGGGCAAAGUGCCCCAUAUAAAGGGAAGCUUAUAUACAUAAACUGCACUACGGACAUCACACCAUCAGGUGACACCUCCAAUACCUCAUGCAUUGGUGCCUGGUAACUAUUCCGGAGGCCUAAGAUCUCACUCUUCAAACCAUACACAGCUUACAAUAGAAUAGAACAAUACUGACAGCAGAAAUACUAGUAGGCGAGACAGAUGUGGAUGGUUUUGUACAGUCUAUUUGCAUAAAUUGUGCUAGGAACUGGUGGGUUUAAAUAGUUUGCAAAAAAAUAUUAUACGCUGCUGUUUAUCGAUGUACAGAACCACCGUCAUAUGCGUAUCCAGCCACCGAGCGGCCUUGAGAUGGUAGGGGCAAGAUAGCUUAUUUAGGCAAAUAUGUUGCAAGACAUUCAUACAUACAAUUUUCCGAUAUUCCUUACAAUAUGUAGCCUGGUACGUCCAUGCCCAUAUAUAUGAUUAUUGUAUUUUUUUUUAAUUACUAGCUCGCCCUACUAACGUUUUGCCAUAUAAAUAAAAUCGCUAUUUAAAAAUAUGGGUUGAUGACAAAAGGAUGAAAAUUUAGGGUUGUAUGUAUUUUACUGCCAAAUUAGAAAAAAAAUAAAAUUUCAGGGAUGCACAGAUUACUUUGGGAUAUGAAAAAUAGUUGCUCUUGCGGCAACGUGUGGA